GUAUGCACAAUCGAGCAACAACAAUCCAAGAUACGCGAGUUGGUUAGAGCAACUGACUGCGUACUAAGCAAGUCCGACAAAGGAGAAGGCCAGAUCGACGGAAAGUGUAAGGAGUCCAUCUCCCCAUCUGAAUUCUCGAAAUAUUUUUCAACGGUCAUGAAGUACGAGUACGAGUUGACGGACUAUGAAGGACCGCCUAUAUUCGAUGAAUACCCCGACGACUUUGUCGAAGAUGAAGGAACUUUGGUUGAGUCUAAAGGAGAUGAAGUGGCCGGCGAGGUUCAGAAAGAGAAUGAAGAAGGUGUGCUGGAGAUUUCACUGGUUGAGGAAGAAAUUGCGCACGACUCGCGCGCGCCCCUCACACGCGCACGCUGUUGCGCGCGCUUCGCUUAUGCCGACUUUCUCUCGCGCGUACUCGCCCUCACCCAGCAUUCCUACGCCCACGCGGAUUGGGCCAUCCGCGUUUUUCCCGCACUUGCGCGCUAUCGAGCGCCCAUCGCCGCUGCUGCCCACAUUCCGCGCGUCCUCGCCACUUCCGCGAGUGCCGCGCACGUCUCUCACCCCCGUGCCGCUCGCGCUGUCGUCCCGUGCCUUGCGCGUCGCCUCCAGCGCCCCAGCGUCCCGAUCCUCUACCGCGCGUCCCCGUGCACCCGCUGCACUGCGCGUCCCAACCGUCUCCGCGGCCUGAUCGCACCCGCGUACGCCCGCUGUCGUCCGCGUGCUGCCAUUUCCCGUCGUCGAUCCUUCCGAUGCACACCAUCGUACGUUGCCACUCACCCGUGCAUCAAUUCGACCCCUCGGCCCAUUACGCGCAUCAAAGUACGAUGCGCGUUCUUUGCUCGUGCUUGCACCCUUGUCGCCAACCGACUCCAAGUGUUCCCCCGAUUCCUUAAGCUCUCCCGUCGGCCAUGGGUCCCAUCCAUCCAACCCAAUGCAAUCACCAGCUCUCCAAAUCCAACCAUCCUCCAUUCUACUCUUACCUCCCCUUCGAACCACGAUCUUGCGAACUCGCCUUUUCCUCGCACAAGGCUUGCACCAACACUUCUCUUCUUUAGCCUUUGCCUUGCCUUCCCUUCGAGUUCUCUUGGUCUUGCGUCUCCUAGGCUUAA